UUUCAGACGCUGAAAUUUAAUUAGUUUCAGACUAAAGUAAGCACAUCGAGAACGGAAUCGUGUUAUGAUAAAACGAGGAACUGUUAAUGAUCGCUCUGAAUAGGCCGGAAUUGAUUGCCGUUCAUUCAAGAAUGUGGAGGAGACAUUGAACUUGGGAACAGGAGAAAGUCCAAAAGUCUGAUCCCGAUGGAAAAUUUUACAGGUUUAGACGACUUCCGUUUUUUACCAUAUGUUGGAGAAAUAAAAGAAGUACCAGUUUGGGAAAUCAUUGUGAAAUCUAUAAUAUAUGGGAUCAUCACUGUACUUUCUCUCAUUGGAAAUGUUUUGAUAAUUGUAAUUGUAAUGAACAACAAAACUAUGAAGACCGUUACAAAUUAUUAUAUAGUGAAUUUAGCGGUGGCGGAUCUAAUGGUUACUUUAACUUGUACCUGGGUCACAGUAGUUGACAACCUCACCGAGGGGUGGAUUCUUGGAGCAUUCUUCUGUAAGGUGAAUACAUUCACAAAAGUUCUUUCCCUUGUGGCAAGUGUGCUUUCCCUCACACAGAUUGCAUAUGAUCGAUUCUUCGGAAUCGUUUUUGCAUUAAGAGCCCGGAUGACAGAAAGAAGAGCUAGCAUUUCUCUAGUCAUCAUCUGGAUCUUCUCAAUAAUUGUGGGUAUACCUGUGCUCUUCUUCCGACAACUAAAAACACGAGAAUGGAUGGACCAUACGGAACUUUGGUGUGACGAUAAUUGGCCGGUUGAAAUAGAAGUAGUGGGUAAUGUCACACGAUACACAAUGCCCUUGAGGACAGCUUACUUUGUGUCAGUUUCUGUGGUGCUGUAUUUUAUUCCAAUGGUGGUAAUGUCCAUUGCGUAUGGAGUCAUUAUACUUAAACUUAAGACGACACAUAUUCCAGGAGAAAUUAUGGACAAAAGAGACGAACAGCAGGCUAAAACAAAGAGAAAGAUAAUUAUUAUGUUGAUUACCAUCCUAGCUGUGUUCUGCAUAUGCUGGCUACCGUGUCAGGUUAUGUUACUCUAUACAGAACUCAGGGGCAACAGAAGCAAGCUGGGAGACUGGUAUUACAAGUUUGAAUUUGCUGCAUACACAAUGGCCUACUCCAACAGUGCCCUGAAUCCAUUGAUUUAUGCCGGAUUCAAUGAAAAUUUCAAACAAGGUCUACUGAACAUUUGGCGACGCAUAUCCGGUGACCCUGGAAGACGUCUUACGCAUGUGUACGGUACCUAUACGGAAACAAUGUACACUGCCGUUUAAACUGAGGACCACUGACUUACGGAGCAAAGAGUUGAUUAUAGACUAUCGCACACUUUUAAGGUCUAUGUGCAUAUUUUUAUUCAUGUACAGUGUAUAUGUAUAUGUUUUUUUUUUCAAUGAAUCAUGUAUUUAUCUUCAA